UCUGCCGCCACCUGUAGCGGAAGCCAGAAGAGCACGUUGUUCUCGACAACCGCCCAACCACUACCUGGCGAAGUGCCCCUCUCCAUCUCCCUUACUUUCUCCUCCCCUUUCGCUUGCUCCUUCCUCUCCUCCGAGGCCUUCUUCCCUACAGACACAGUGGUGUGAGAUAGAUAAAUAAGGAGAGAGAGAGAGAGAGAGAGAGAGAGAGAGAGGAUGGCGGAUUGGGGGCCGGUGGUGAUAGCCGUGGUGCUGUUCGUGCUGCUGUCGCCGGGGCUGCUGUUCCAGAUACCAGGGAAGAGCGGGAGGGUGGUGGAGUUCGGCAACUUCCACACCAGCGGCAUCUCCAUACUCGUCCACGCCAUCAUCUAUUUCGCCCUCAUCACCAUCUUCCUCAUCGCCAUCGGCGUCCACAUCUACACCGGCUAAAGCAACCAUUUUUAACCUAUAUAUGUGUAAUAUGUUGGAUCAGACCAGUGAGUUUAUUUAUGCUUCCAUGUUUAAUCUGACAUCGUCUCAGAAGUUUAUUUCUCAGCUAUUGUGAGAUAUUAUUUGGCUUUGGUGUGUA